GUAGGGGUACGCAUCCCUCCAGCUAGGGUGAAAGUGCGCAGGUCCAAAUAACCUCAUUCAAUCCACGCCUUUAAGUCACCCGCACACAUUUCAACAUCGUCCCCUCUAUUAUUACGUUCACAAAAGAAGUGCCGAUAAAACUUGAUCAAUUCCACUUCGUUUUACAGUAAAAUGUGCGGGUUUAAAUUCAAGUUACGGUUAAAAACAUCUAAAUAAACGCAAAAACAAUGUUUCGUCCGUCGGAACUGAGAUGAAAUUGAAUACGUAAUUGACCGUCGAUUACGGCUCGAAAGAUGAUACAAGUAGAUGAACCGGAGCGGUUGUUGCCUGACGCUGAGGGUCAGGGGGCGAAUGAGCGGCCCUCCGUGGAGAACGGAGAAGUCACCAGCAGAGUCUCCACAUUGGAGUAUCAUGGUCUUCUAUGGAAGUGCGAACUGAGGCGGAUAUGUUUAGCGGCACUUUGGCUUCCACUGGGCGCAUUAGUCUUCUGUUAUGUGACAGCGUCUAUAUUCCAAGCUGACGAUAUUCAUGAAACACAUUGUAGGGUUUACAAUGUGGUGCCGUCAAUUAGUGCUAUAACUGGCAUAAGCCCGCAAAGAUACGUGUGGAGGAUCUGCAUAGCCUUCCAUCUUGGACCUAGGUUGUUAAUAGGCUCUUUGUAUUACAACUACCACAACCAACGCACUGCUCUGAUAACCGAUCCUAACGAUCGGAAAACUGCACAAAAGUUAGGUGUCGCCUGCUAUUGGCUCAAUUUGGUGGAGCUUUUCGCACUGACCGGAGUCACUUAUGUUUCCAAUAGGGAAAACUAUUUCUUACACGAGAAAAUAUUUAUAAUUUUCAUGAUAGCUGCUCUCACGCACAUGUUAUGCCGCGCAAAAGUAGGUUGUAUAGCCAAAAAUGUUGUGGAGCCUGUACGGACCAACUACCUGGUCUGGAUCCUGUACUACAUCGCUAUAGCGUCGACUGUUGGUCUCAUAAUAUCGUUCCUGAGGCAUCGACUCCUGUGUCGUCCUUUAGCAUUCACCUGGUUCUCCGUCUGCGAGUACAUCCUGGCGACGUCCAACAUGGCGUUCCACGCGGCGGUGGUGCGCGACCUGCCGCACCACGAACUGCACAUCCUCGCGCCGCACUCCAAGGUCAACUAAACUCCAAGGUCAACUAAACUCCAAGGUCAACUAACUAGCCCCCGCUACUUGAGAAGUCACGGUUUCCUACGUUUAUAGGAAUUUUCGACGCUGUUGUGCUAAACGUGUUAACUCCCACUACUUGAGAAGUCACUCUAUCUACGUUUACCUAUAGGGAGUUAUAGAGAUCGGAGCGUUGACGCUGCUGCGCUAAACAUGUCGAAGUCUCUAUCUCGUUGAACCUUUAGGGACUUAUCAUACUAGCGUAUUGCGAGAUUAACAAUAUUCUAAGCGUUGAACGAAACAUUUAAGCCGAUUGCAUGACAGCAGCUAUCGUUAGUUUAUUUUUAUCAAGCUAGGCGCCUUCUGAAGGCUUCGCACGGGGCUCAAGACAUGACAAAUGAUUUGCAUUGCGCAGCUUCGAGAGAAAUUCUUCAAUUUCCCAGCGUUCACCUGUGCGGUUACCACCAUCGAACAUUAGCAAUCAACAAUUCGUCGCUCGCUAGUCAAAUCUUACGUAACUUGUAUGGGUCUGACAGAUGUUUGACAGUGGCGGUGGUGGUACGGUAGCUGGGCACCCGGUUAUUCAAAUACUGGAUUCCAAGUCUAGCUAAUUCAGAAUUUCUAGCAUGCUACUAUUGCUACAUAAUUAUGAUUUCGUAAAUUCAUGUUAAUCAGAAAAAAAUCUACCUAAGUAGGUAUCUAAAUGUGAUGAUGAUUGUGAGACCUAGGCUAUCCUUACCUUUAAUUUAUUACGAUACUUACCUACAUACAUUAUAGAUUACAAGUUAGUGAUUAACCAUUACAGACAUUGCGUAAUUUAGGAUUCUACUCCGAUAUUUAAGUAUAUUAUAGGUACUUAAGUACUCAUUUACCUAUUUACUACAAUAGUCUAG